UGGAUCGUGCCGGGCGGCGGCUUGGAGCCCGAGGAGGAGCCCGGCGGCGCGGCCGUGCGAGAGGUGUUCGAGGAGGCGGGAGUCAAAGGGAAGUUGGGUCGUCUGCUGGGCGUCUUCGAGCAGAACCAAGAUCGCAAGCACAGGACCUACGUGUAUGUACUGACUGUCACCGAGCUGCUGGAGGAUUGGGAAGAUUCGCUCAGCAUCGGGAGGAAGCGAGAGUGGUUCAAGAUCGAAGAUGCCAUCAAGGUCCUCCAGUGCCACAAGCCCGUGCACGCCGAGUACCUGGAGAAACUGAAGCUGGACGGCUCCGCCACCAAUGGCAACUCCGUGGCCCCGCAGUCCCAGCCGGCGCCCGAGAGCGCUCCCUAG